AUGGCGCACGCGACUCUCUCUCACUCCGUCAUCCUCUCUUCCUCUAGGUUCUCUCGUCUCGGUUAUGCCAGUAAAUUCCUCAGAAAUACAAACCCUUUUCCUGUUCGGCUCACCGGAGAAAGUUUCCGAUGCUGUUGCUCCUCGGCGACCACCGACGAAACUUCACCUUCUGCAAGAAGGAAACGUGUAGUGUCCGGAGUCCAGCCUACAGGAUCAAUUCACUUAGGAAACUAUCUUGGUGCAAUCAAAAAUUGGGUCGCUCUUCAGGAUACAUAUGAAACACUCUUUUUCAUCGUAGACCUUCAUGCGAUAACACUACCAUAUGACACAAAAGAACUAAGAAAGGCAACUAGGGAUACUGCUGCACUUUAUCUAGCAUGUGGUGUAGACGUUUCUAAGGCUUCGGUAUUUGUGCAAUCUCACGUCCGCGCUCAUGUGGACUUAAUGUGGCUCUUAAGUUCAUCCACACCUAUUGGUUGGCUACAGAAAAUGACUCAGUUCAAAGAGAAAUCACGCAAGGAGGGAGGUGAGAAUGCUGCGGUCGCUUUGUUAACUUAUCCAGUUCUGAUGUCUGCUGAUAUCCUCUUGUAUCAGGCGGAUUGUGUUCCUGUUGGUGAGGACCAGAAGCAGCACCUAGAACUUGCCCGUGACUUGGCACAGCGUGUGAAUAAUAUAUACGGUGGAAGGAAGUGGAAGAAGCUUGGAGGGCGCGGUGGUUCCAUCUUUAAGAUACCAGAACCACUCAUACCACAAGCUGGAGCUCGAGUUAUGUCACUUACUGAUGGUCUUUCCAAGAUGUCCAAGUCUGCACCAUCUGAUCAGUCUCGGAUCAAUCUCCUCGACUCAAAAGAUCUGAUUGCGGACAAGAUAAAACGGUGCAAGACAGACUCAUUUGCAGGCCUUGAAUUCGACAAUGCUGAGAGACCCGAAUGCAACAAUCUCCUCUCCGUAUAUCAGAUUGUUUCAGGAAAGACUAAAGAGGAAGUGUCGGAGGAAUGCAAAGAUAUGAGCUGGGGUACAUUUAAACCUCUCCUCGCAGAUGCUCUGAUCGAGCAUCUAAGUCCAAUCCAGGUCCGUUACCAGGAGAUAACAGCGGAAACAGGGUACUUGGACAAAGUACUAUCAGAAGGUGCAGACAGAGCCACGGAGAUAGCUGAUGCCACAGUUCAUAAUUUGAAACAAGCUAUGGGAUUCUAUCCGAGGAAUAGUGCCAGCUAA